AUGUCAAAAGUAUGCACAGACGUAUGUGGCGCUGUAUGUAUGGCCAAAAACGAAACAGCACUUUACGAAAGCAGAAACAGAGUGACUACGAUGGACUCGCCGGGACCGGAAAAAAUGGUGAAUAGAGUGGCUGUAAAGUCGUCGAUGGUAGACUCCAUUAAACGGUGGUCUUUAUCGGGAAUAAGGAUUCCUAAAGAGGAAUUGCGGCAGAAGAUCACGAUGCCUGAGUAUUUACGUCUUGCUAUAAGGGAUUCCAUUGCCUCAAAAGAUAUUGAUUCUGCAAAACGUCAUUUCGAUGCUACUACUACAACCGCCGGUGGUGGUGGUGACGGCGAUAAACCGCCUCUCGCCGCCGCUGAGUGUCCGUUGGUUGUUUUUAUUAACUCCAAGAGCGGUGGACGCCAUGGUCCACAUCUUAAAGCAAGGUUGCAGGAGUUAAUGGGCGAAGAACAGGUAUUUGACCUUUCUAAUGUGAGGCCCCAUGAGUUUGUUGAGUAUGGAUUGGGUUGCUUGGAGAAGUUUGCUAGUCUUGGUGACAACUGUGCCAAAGAAACUCGCGAAAAGUUAAGGAUUGUGGUUGCGGGAGGCGAUGGGACAGUGGGUUGGGUUCUCGGAUGUCUUGGAGAGCUUCAUAAGCAGGGAAGAAGUCCGAUUCCACCAACCGCAGUUAUACCACUUGGAACAGGAAAUGAUUUGUCACGGAGUUUUGGUUGGGGUGGUUCGUUUCCUUUUAGUUGGAGGGCGGCUAUAAAAAAGACUCUUGAUAAGGCCACUCAUUCUCCAACUAGCCGUUUGGAUAGUUGGAAACUUUUGAUAUCAAUGCCAGCUGGAAUAGAUUUAGAUACUCCUCAUUCUUUGAAGCAAACAGACGAGGUUGUUCUUGAUCAGGGUUUAGAAAUCGAAGGAAAGUUGCCCGAAAAAAUUUCAUGCUACCAAGGAGUGUUCUACAAUUAUUUCAGCAUAGGAAUGGAUGCACAAGUGGCUUAUGGUUUCCAUCAUUUAAGGAAUGAUAAACCUUACCUUGCACAAGGUCCUAUUUCAAACAAGUUAAUCUACUCUGGAUAUAGUUGCAAACAAGGGUGGUUUUUUACGCCUUGUAUGGCUGAUCCAGGUUUGAGAGGACUAAAGAACAUAUUGAGGCUACAUGUUAAACGACUCAAUAGCUCCGAUUGGGAAGUUGUUCCUAUCCCAUCAACUGUAAGAUCUAUUGUGGCGUUGAAUCUUCAUAGCUAUGCGAGUGGAAGAAAUCCAUGGGGGAAAUUGAAGCCCGAAUAUAUGGAAAAGAAAGGUUUUGUUGAAGCUAAUGCAGAUGAUGGACUUUUAGAAGUUUUUGGGUUUAAACAAGGAUGGCAUGCGUCGUUUGUAAUGGUCGAGCUUAUUUCAGCUAAACACAUCGCACAGGCUGCUGCAAUUCGAUUUGAGUUAAGAGGUGGAGCAUGGAAACGAGGUUUUAUGCAAAUGGAUGGAGAGCCAUGGAAACAACCAUUGCAAAAUGAGUUUUCAACUUUUGUGGACAUUGAAAGAGUUCCAUUUCGAUCAAUUAUGAUCAAUGGAGGGUGAUUUUUUUUUAACUUUUAACGUUAAUUAUUAACUCGUGUAAAUCAUUUUUACCAUCAAACGGGUAAAUUGGUGUUGUUUAAUUAAACUACUAGGAAGAACAGUUGUAUGAUGUUUGUAAAGUAGAACAAGAAAUCUUUAUAUGUGAUUGUGUAAUGAU